AGAAGAGGAAAAAAAGGGGAAAAGGGGAUUAGUCGUUUCCAGGUUUACUUCGCCGGGGCUGGCAUGUCCGCUCUGUGCGAUCCUUCGGGGGUGGUCGGGCCUCCAGGGCCCGCCCCGAGCCCCAAACCGGCCGCCGCGCCUCCGUCGCUCAGUUCCCAAGAGCUGGCCCAGGAGAUCAAGGCCUUUCUCAGUGGCGUCGAUCCCGUUCAUGGGAACAAGCUGACCAUCAAGGAACAUGCGCGGUGUGCCAUUCUGCUGCUGCGCAACCUACCUCCGGCCCGCAGUGCUGUGUUGGAGCACCUCCGGGGUGUCUUUGACGAGUACGUGUGCACCUACCUGCUGGAACUGGAGAGCGGCGACGGUGGGAUGGGGGGCCUCCGCUCCCAGGGUCCCAACUUGGACGACGUGGUGUCAGAGAUCCAAGCCGUGCUGUCGGAGUUUGUCCGCAUGAACCCCAAAGCUUGGGCUGCCCUUGUUUCAUCCUGGUCUAUCGACCUGAUGGGGCAGUUGAGCAGCAAGUAUGCGGGGCGGCAUGACGUUCCCCAUGCGAGCAGCCUCAACGAAUUGCUGCAGUUAUGGAUGUCCUGCAAAGCCACACGUGUGCUGAUGGAGAUUUAUACCCAGUGCCUUUCUUUGAUGAUCAAUACCUGUCCAGAUGCUUGUGUCGAUGCUCUCUUGGACACUUCUGUCCAGCACUCCCCUCACUUUGAUUGGGUGGUGGCCCACAUUGGCUCCUCCUUCCCCAACACCAUCAUCAACCGGGUGCUCUCCUGCGGGUUGAAGGACUUCUGCGUGCAUGGGACAGCCUCAGCGGACCUACUCCUUUUUCCCAGCUCCACGGCUGCUGACAAGCGGGUUCCCAAGAUUGCCUCUGUGGUAGGGAUCCUCGGCCACUUGGCCUCUCGCCACUCGGAAAGCAUCAAGCAGGAGUUACUAAGGAUGUUUCACAGGAGCCUGGGACCCACCUGGGACCAGCAGCAGAAGGCCACCGUUCCUUUCUUGCUGCAGCUGGCUGUCAUGUCUCCCACGUUGCUGAGCACCAUCUCCACAGAACUGGUGGACUCUCUCAAGCCCAGCGUCCUCAACCAGCUGCACCAGCACUUUGCCUUGCUGCCCCGGGAAGAGCUGGAGAACAUGGUCAGCAUUGUGGUGCAUCUCAUCUGCCAGACGUCUGGGGGGGCCUACCGUACCUUGCAGUUCCUUGUUAACACCGCCAUGCCAGCGUCAGUCAUCACGACCCCAGGCCUGGCAGUCCACGACAGCGUACGGGAGGCUUGUGACCGGGUGAUCCAGCUUCUGCUCCUCAACCUGCAGAAGCUGGUAUACAAUCGGGGGUCGGCCAGCUUGGCAGAGGUCCCUCCCCGCAUGGUGCCUUUCCUGGAUGACCUGAAGAACCACAUGCAGGAGCUUUGCGUGGAGACGCUGAAGCUGGAGCGAAAGAGGUUCCUCUGGCUGCAUCAGCUGCUUGUCCUCCUUUCUGUGUACUGCACCCCGAGCUGCGCCAGCGAGGCCCUCUUCUACUUGCUGACUCUGGCAAAGAGCCAGGAGGAACUCAGCCUCGCCACCCAGCUCCAUGCCGUCCUCAGCUCUUGCAUGACCGAUCUGCUGCCUGCCCUGGUCAAGAAGUGCGUGCGCCAGCUCCACGCCGGGUUCCUCUCCGAGCAGCACACGGCCCAGCUCUUUCAGAACCUGGCUUUGAUCAUGCAGUGGGAGGGCGAAAGUCCUGCCUCCAUGGGCCACCAGCUGGGCCAGGCCGUCUCUUCCCACAUCUACAACUUUGGGCAACUCCUGCUGCACAGCAGCCCGGAGGUCGCCCAAGCAGCGGCUUCGCUGUUGUCUGUCUGCCCCGCGCCCAAGGCCAUCCAGCCGGCCCAUUUGCUCUUCCUCAUCCGUUCGGCCGUGUACCACUUUUUCUCAGUGCUGCGCGAGAAGCGUUCGGCCGGCAUUAGCGACGGGAGCCGCCUGCUUGCCGGGCUGAGUGGGGCAUCGCUCACCGCCAGCAAAGCCAUCCUUCAGUACCUUGUGGAAGGAGCCUUGCACCAGGGCAACACCGAGCUGUUUGGCGGGACGGCGGAGCCCCCUGCGGCCAGGAACGAUGCCACGCUGGAGGCCACCAAGCUAUCGCUGCUGGACAUCAACCGGCGCUUUAUGGCGGCGGUCAACUUCUCCGGCAGCGUGUGGUCGGUGUUCCACGCAGGGGUCAUCGGGAGAGGCCUGAAACCGCCCCAUGCUCUGCGCCGGCAGGAACCGGAGGAGAUCUCCCAUAACGUCCAGAUCUUCUUGGGCCUCUUGCUGCGCUGCUGCGGGGCAGGGCGCUCUGGCCCCGAGCCGCCCCCGUGCAGCGCCAUCAGCCCCGAGGCUGCCAAGAUGGUGGCCGUGGUGCUGGUGGAGACCGUGUGCUCCGACGUCACCAACAGCGAGCUGGCCUGGCCUCCCGAGGAGCACACUCGCAACACCGUGGAGCGGGACAUUUGGAUCGGACGGUCCUUCCGGGACAACCCCCUGCUUUUCCAGCUGUUGAACUUGGUGGCCGUCGGGAGGCCGGCCCUGUGCUACUGCUCGGUGUUGCUCCGGGGCCUCAUGGCGACGCUCAUGGCCCACUGGGAGGCCUCUCGGGAGAACGACACCACCAGCUCCCCCUGGCACUUGCAGGCCUCCUGUGCCCUGGUGGCCUGCAUGGGGGAAGGCCACCUUCUCCCCCCCGUGCUGAGCAACAUGCACGAGAUCUUUGACCAGCUGGCCCCCUUUGAGGUGCACCUGCUGCUCCUCAGCGUCUGGGACUACAUGCGCGAGAACAGCCCCUUGCCCCAGAAGUUCAGCUUCGAUGCCAGCACGGGGCUCUUCUUCCGAGACUUUUCCCGAGACACCGAUGCGGGCAAAUACCUCUACGUCUUGCACAGCGUCCUGCACAAGAACAUCAGCCGGCUGGGUUUGCUCUCGGGGCGGUUCCACACUUAGCGGCCCGGAGGCGGUUCUGCUCCGGAGCGGACCCGUUGAGCCGUUGAUGAGGGAGGGCAGGGGCUGAUGCGGGCCGCUCUUUUAGGGGUUGGGGUUUGGAUAGAAGCACGUGAGAGGCUUCGGCACCGUUUGCUUCGAUGUGGGGCCACAAGCAGAGGAAUGUGGCCUUUCAGGGGAGGGGAAAGAUUUAUCUCAGGGGUUCUCUCCCUGUUCUUGCCUUUCAGCUUGUUGGAAAGGGAUGUUGUUUAUGGAAGGACUGAGCGAAUGUUGGAAAUACAUUAAAGGA